CUGGCACUUGCACUCAUAGUCUUACUUUCAGUCUCCCAUCAUGGUCAGACUAUGGAUACAGUCGUUCCUUUACGUCCACUAGGUAAGCUAUUGGGUGUAGACUAUGCACCUAGGUGCAAGUGCGGAUGUCUCAGAUAUCUUGCAUAUUCAUUCAACUUCCGUUCAUCCAUGGCUUUCGAAAUGCAGCAACUCUUCACUUCUGGCAGGCUCCAGAAUUCCGACUUACACUCCCUUACUGUCUCCGCCGCUGAGGUCAUGUCUUCCUUCUCCACCGUCACUCGGGACAUUUCGCCCAACACCUCCCGUUUUUCUGCAUACUCCAGCAACUCUUCUACCCAGAAACUUAAGCGCAGGCGUGCUAGGCGCGGACGCCCUUCCAAAGGGAAGGCGGCUAUGGUUCUGCUUGAAGAUGCUAGCGCUUGCGACCCCUUGACUCUGAAUGCUCUUGCUAGCCUUUCCUCCAACUGGCUUGACCUGUCCUUCCCGGACCGCACUCCUACCUACACGGACUACUUCGUGAAUUACUGGCGGCAUGCACUAACAAAGGAGCAGGAUAUUGUGAUGGAUCAUUUUACUGCUGUCAUGGAGGCUAUCCACGAGGAUUUACCGGCUGCCUCAAUCAUUCGCUCAACUCAGUCCACGCCCGUGCAAUGCAACGAGUCCUCCAAAUGCAUUCGAUACGAAAAUGAUCUAUUUGCAGUCACAUGUCCCUGGGACGAUGAUGAGCAAUCUCACCUAGACGACUGGAUUGAAUGGGAUGAAUGGCGUCGGGAAGAUGAUGAAGUCCAUAUCCCAACCGGCGAUCAUCAUAACUAUGGAGCUAUUGGCCAGCCACCAAUAUAUCCGCUGCGCAAUAUGGGCACCCACUUCCAGAUUGUAGCACCAAAGCCUGUUCGCGCAUGGAACAACAUAACCUGGUUGGGUCAACCACCCGUCAUUCCUGAACCAGUAACCCGCCACUAUAUGGAGAUGUUUGUCGACGCUGCAGCCGUUUAUGCAACUUCACAAACUCCUCUCAUGGAGAGUACCACCAUCUAUUCCUCUACUUCCACGGCUUACCAUGCGCACGCGGAGUCGACUGUCAUCUACAAUUCUGCCAGUGCAUCUCCCUCAUCCUACCUGUCUGUUAUUGCUGCCUCUAUUCCACCUGCUGGCAGGUGUAUCCCUCAGCAUGUCAAUGAUCCCCAUCUUAACAUUCAUGGAUCAAAGGUAAUUCGUCCCGAAAGACAACAUUCGAGAGAUCAUAAGCUGUUCCAGUUUUUACGUAUGUCUUAUGAUCAAAAAGUUGCUGAGGUUGAAAGAUUGGUUAGAUGGAUGAGAUCUCAUUCGCGACGGGAAUGACUCGAACAUAGAUGCAUGGUAUUUGUUUGUAUAUUAAGUAUGGAUUGUAAUGAUCAAGGACAUUCACUCU